GGGAAGUGAGAUGCUUUAUGUCCCUCCCGGCCACUCUAUCCAGGACUGUCUCGUGACUGACGCUGGCCAAUCACAGCUUAGACUGCACAGGAACAGCAACAAAAUAAUAAAUGCAGAAUGCUAGAACGAACCAAGCUUAAACUCAAAUGUUGUGUAUUUUUACUUGUAUUUAAUUCAACGUUUGGCUCAGGCACAAAUGAAAAACCAAAUAGACUGAACUGUCGCAGGCUAGUGCUACUCUUAGUUAAUGCCCUGGUGAGGUUAACGUUAGCUAACGCUAGCUUUCUGACAGGACGCUUUUUUGAUGUACUAGGAAUUACAGUUGUUUAGCUAGCUAGGUUAACGUGCUAGAUAUCAUUUUGCCAUCCGUUUACGCUACUAUCGUUACACCGACUAUCCUGUCACUGACGGUCCUGCCACUCUGAACCGAGCAUCCAGGUCCAUCUCUAACAUGCUAGUAGGACCAUGUUCAAAAAUGUUUUUGGCUCAGGGUUUCUGGUAAGAACAGCUCAUGUGAUUUUGACAUGGGUCAUAGCAUUAAUACUCUUCCUACAUGAUACAGAGCUGAGGAAGCAGGAGGAGACCGGCCAGCUUGUCCAGCCUGUGGUCUUUGUCCUGUUGGUGCUGGUGUCGGUGUUGCUCUAUUUCGCCGUUUCUCUGAUGGACCCAGGUUUCAUUUUGUCUGAUGACAGCGAUUUACAGUUCACGCUGGGAGUGACUGAAGAGCAGCAGGACAUGAUCCCACCCACCACCAAAUCCCUUCGACAGCGCCGUUGUGGCCACUGUCUGCUGCAGCAGCCAAUGAGAUCAAAGCACUGCCAGACGUGUCAGCACUGUGUCCGGCGUUACGACCAUCACUGCCCCUGGAUUGAGAACUGUGUUGGUGAGAGGAACCACCGCUGGUUUGUGCUUUACCUUGCUGUCCAGCUGCUAGUGCUGCUGUGGGGGCUGCACAUUGCCUGGACGGGCUUCAGUUACGCACCCACAUGGCAGCUGUGGUUGCGUACCAAUGGCAUUCUGCUGGCCGUGGCCGUGCUGGUGGCUCUGCUCUCUCUGAUUGUGCUGCUCCUGCUCGGCUCCCAUCUUUACCUGGUUUCUCUCAACACCACCACCUGGGAGUUCAUGUCACGCCACCGCAUCUCCUACCUCAAACACUGCGGCGCUGAUGAAAAUCCCUUUGACCGUGGCACUUUCCACAACCUUUGGGGUUUCUUCUGCGUGUGGGGCACAGUGGUGUGGGAACAGGUGUACUUCAGGGAGGGCAGCGACCAAGUCUAGUGACACAUGACAAGCAUUAACACACAGAAAGGAAUUUCACUCAUGAACAACCUUUCUGGUUUUUGGGAUCAGACACAAACUAUCCUGGUGUGCGGUUUACCUUCUAUGUAAACACUAAUGUUGUUGUCCCACAUUUCCGCUCAUAUCUCCUUUUAUCGGUUCAUCCCUGCACUGUUGUUACAGUGCACCGCAAUUGUUUUUUCCUCCUCUACCUGUGUAACAGUUUGAAUCACAGGUUACCAGCACUACAGCCCUUAUUCCAACUUCCAAUUGUUUACAGCCAUUCAAGUAUACAGUACCAUUUCCCCAAGGCACUUUACUAAUCGAUUUUAAGGCUUUAAGUAGAGCUAGUAAUAAAGCCCUGUCGAGUUACGCUUGGUCUGUGUUAAUGCACCCACAUUCUACUUGACCCUUGUUUUUGCAUGCUCUGUCUACUGAAUAGUUUUUUGUCAGCAUUUGUAACAUGUUUAAAAACUCCUCAAGUACUUCUAGUCGUUCAGUGACGAAUGGUAAACCUGACUGAUGGACUUACUUUUAAUACAUAUCAAACAACUCAUUAACAUUUGAUUAAAUAGUAUACUUGUUUUAGGUGCAUGUGUAGACAAUCCAGAUCUAUGGUAGGUAUAGGUUCUUACUGGAGUCAGAUCCUGAUUAACAAGUUUGGUAUAUUUGUUUUAGUGUAGAAAGCUUAGUUCUGUUCUCAUUUCAUGUGCUACAUUGCUGUAACUCCUGAGUCGCGGCUUUUUUCUUCAAAUAAAACUGUUAGCCGAAGUGAGGAAAGGCAACAGCCUUUUUUGUUAUUUUUUUUGCUAAACUGUUCAGCAACUCAGUAGAUUUAUGAAAAUAUGAAAUAGUAAAAACAGCUGUAUUGUUCCUAGCAUUUAAUCCAACCAGGACGUACAAGAUGCUUAGACUUUCAAUGGACAGCAUUUUAAGCUAUUUUAUAUUGUACAUACAUUUUUUUUACAAUUAUGAACCAGAAAAUGUCUUUAGAUUUUUUUUAUGGCUAUUUUAAUGAAGUAAAUUCAAGAAUACUGUGGAACAGUAGCUAAUAGUAAGUAGAGAGCUUUGGGUGCAAUUCAUGUUUGGUAUUUCCAUUUGAACAUUUCCUUGUGCAAUAGUAACCUUGUAAGACAGCAAUAAAUGUGAUGUUGAAUUCUGGUUAUAAUGAAUUAACAUUUAAUUCAUGUUGUGUACUUCUGAACUAUAUGCAAUACUGUCAUGCAAUGUUUUUUACUACUUUGAAAUGACUGUUUACAUCAAAUAAAUGUUUCAUUAAGAGUU